AUGGCUCCUCAAGUUUUUCGCACCCAAUCUCUGAUUCCUCCGUCCCACCAUGCACUCUUCCUUCUUUCCACCAUCCUCAUAUUUCUGUCCUCCAACACUAUCAUAUUCUCAUCGGCACAGGCUACCAACAAAACUGAAGAUGACCGGCAAGCCCUUCUCUGCUUCAAAGCUGGCAUCUCCAAGGACCCCGCCGGUGUUCUUGGAUCAUGGCGCAAUGACUCGCUUAACUUCUGCAGCUGGCGAGGGGUCAACUGCAGCACCACCCUCCCGAUCCGUGUCGUGUCCCUCCAAUUGAGGUCCGCGCAGCUCACAGGAACACUAUCCAGUUGUACAGCUGCCCUUACUUCUCUAUUUCAGUUGAACCUUUGGAAUAAUAAGUUAUCUGGAAGCGUACCUGAAGAGAUAGGUGAGCUUCGAAGCCUCCAAACCCUGAUGCUUGCUGGCAACAGGCUUUCAGGUAACAUCCCUCUGUCACUAGGUACAGCUGCAUCUCUUACAUAUGUCAACCUUGCAAACAAUUCUCUUAGCGGAGCUAUCCCUGAUUCCUUAGCAAAUAGUUCAUCACUCAGUGAGAUAAUCUUCUCACGUAAUGACUUAUCUGGGUUGAUCCCAGCUAAUCUGUUCAGCGCAUCCAAACUUGUUGCUGUUGACCUCCGGUCGAAUGCUCUCUCCGGGCCUAUCCCACAUUUCCAAAAGAUGGAUGCUCUGCAAUUUCUCGAUCUUACAGGGAAUUUGUUUUCUGGUACUAUACCAGCAUCUUUAGGAAAUGUUUCAUCCUUGCAUUCACUCCUGCUAGCACAAAACAACUUGACAGGAUCAGUUCCGGCAACUUUGGGUCAAAUUCCAAACCUAAACAGGGUAGAUCUAAGUAAUAAUAUGUUCUCGGGAUAUGUCCCAGCCACACUGUACAAUGCGUCAUCAGUCACACUCUUUAGCUUAGGCACCAACAAUUUUAUUGGACACAUACCUUCUGAAAUUGGCCACUCACUUCCAAAUCUUCAAACAUUGGUAAUGGGAGGCAACGGAUUUCGUGGACCAAUCCCAGAUUCUCUGACCAACAUGUCAAAGCUCCAAGUGCUUGAUCUUUCAAGCAACUUGCUGACUGGCGUGGUGCCAUCCCUAGGAUCCUUGGCAGACAUGAGUCAACUGCUUUUACGUAAUAAUAAACUCGAAGCUGGCGACUGGGCCUUCCUUACCUCUCUGACCAAUUGCACUCAGUUGUUAAUAUUAUCAAUGGAUGGAAAUAUCCUGAAUGGAAGUUUGCCAAAAGCAGUAGGCAAACUUUCAACAAAGCUUCAGCGGUUAAGCGUUGGAAGAAACCAAAUUUCUGGAGACAUACCAGCUGAGAUAGGCAAGCUUGUAAAUCUCGCUCUGCUUGACAUGGGCCAGAACAUGCUCUCAGGACAAAUUCCCAUGACAGUUUGGAACUUAAGCAACUUAAUUGUCCUAAAACUUUCCAUGAAUAGGUUGUCAGGUCAGAUUCCAUCAACAGUUGGUAAUCUUGUUCAACUCAACCAGCUUGAUCUUGAUGGCAAUGAAUUAUCUGGAAACAUACCAGCAAAUAUAGGACAGUGCAAAAGGCUUGCUAUGCUGAACAUGUCAGUUAACCGCCUUGAUGGAUCCAUACCAAUAGAACUCUUUGGUAUUUCUUCCCUUUCGUUGGGUUUGGACUUGUCAAACAACCACCUGACUGGGCCUAUACCACAGGAAGUUGCUAACCUGAUCAAUCUUGGCCUCCUAAAUGUUUCCAAUAACAAAUUAUCUGGUGGCCUUCCUUAUGAACUUGGCCAGUGUGUUCAACUGCUAUCCCUUCAAAUAGAACGCAACAUGAUCAGCGGGUAUAUUCCUCAGUCUUUCAGUGCACUGAAGGUCAUACAGCAGAUAGAUCUGUCCGAGAACAAUUUAAUUGGUCAAAUUCCACAGUAUUUUGGGAACUUCAGCAGCUUAAAUUAUAUUAAUAUGUCAUACAACAAAUUGGAAGGGCCAAUCCCGACUGGUGGCAUAUUUGGAAAUUCAACUGCAGUAUUCCUGCAAGGCAACACAGGGUUAUGUGCAGCUGUUGCCAUAUUUGGACUGCCCAUUUGCCCCACCACCCCAGCAACAAAAAAGAAGAUAAAUGCACGCCUGCUGCUGAUAAUAACUGCAUUGAUUACUAUUGCUUUGUUCUCUACUAUAUGUGUUGUUGUCACUGUUAUGAAGAGGACCAAAACUCAACCAUCUGAAAACUUCAAGGAAACAAUGAAGAGGGUGUCAUAUGGGAACAUCCUUAAAGCCACCAAUUGGUUCUCUCUAGUCAACCGGAUAAGCUCAAGUCAUACAGCAUCAGUCUACAUUGGUCGAUUUGAGUUCGAGACAGAUCUCGUGGCCAUCAAGGUGUUCCAUCUCAGUGAGCAGGGUUCGAGAACUAGCUUUUUCACCGAGUGCGAAGUUCUGAAAAACACCCGCCACCGCAAUCUGGUUCAAGCUAUCACUGUGUGCUCAACCGUAGAUUUCGAGGGAGAUGAAUUCAAGGCUAUAGUAUAUGAGUUCAUGGCAAACGGUAGCCUGGACAUGUGGAUACACCCAAGGGUUGGCAGCUCAAGGAGGCUGUUGAGCUUGGGCCAGCGGAUAAGUAUUGCGGCUGAUGUAGCUUCUGCUCUGGACUAUAUGCACAACCAGCUGACACCUCCUUUGAUUCACUGUGAUCUGAAACCGAGCAAUGUUCUGCUUGACUACGACAUGACCUCACGCAUUGGCGAUUUUGGGUCCGCCAAGUUUCUCUGUUCAAGUAUCGGCAGACCAGAAGGCUUGAUUGGUGUAGGAGGAACAAUCGGAUAUAUCGCUCCUGAAUACGGGAUGGGAUGCAAAGUCUCGACAGGUGGCGACGUGUACGGCUUCGGCGUGCUGCUACUGGCGAUGCUCACGGCGAUGCGACCUACGGAUGCACAAUGCAGCAACGCCCUCAGCCUCCACAAGUAUGUCGAUCGAGCCUUCCCCGAGAGGAUCGCUGAGAUUGUAGAUCCCCAUAUGCCAUCCGAGGAGGACGAGGCGGCUGCUUCUCUGCGUAUGCAAAACUACAUUAUACCUUUGGUCAGUAUUGGCCUGAUGUGUACCAUGGAUUCGCCGCAAGAUAGACCAGGUAUGCAUGAUGUCUGUGCCAAAAUUGUUGCCAUGAAAGAGGCAUUUGUCGAGACCUUGUGA